ACACCGCACCACUACCUCCUCAGCGUCUACCGCCACAAGAUCUUCUUCGUGGCUGUUAUCCAGAGCGAGGUGCCGCCUCUCUUCGUCAUCGAAUUCCUGCACCGCGUCGUCGAUACCUUCCAGGAUUAUUUUGGUGUCUGUUCAGAGGUGAUGAUCAAGGACAAUGUUGUGGUUGUUUAUGAGGUGCUGGAGGAGAUGCUGGACAAUGGCUUUCCAUUGGCAACAGAGUCUAAUAUUCUUAAGGAACUGAUAAAACCUCCCACUAUCCUGCGAACAGUUGUCAACACCAUCACAGGAAGCACUAAUGUGGGUGACCAGCUUCCUACUGGACAGCUAUCAGUGGUGCCUUGGAGACGUACUGGUGUAAAAUAUACCAACAAUGAGGCAUAUUUUGAUGUGGUUGAGGAGAUAGAUGCAAUCAUUGACAAAUCAGGUUCCACGAUUACUGCUGAAAUCCAAGGGGUGAUUGAUGCUUGUGUCAAGCUGACUGGGAUGCCAGACCUUACCCUCUCCUUUAUGAACCCUCGAUUAUUGGAUGAUGUCAGCUUUCAUCCGUGUGUGCGUUUUAAGCGCUGGGAGUCAGAGAGAAUACUCUCCUUCAUUCCACCUGAUGGAAACUUUCGCCUGCUGUCUUACCAUGUCAGUGCUCAGAAUCUUGUGGCAAUUCCUGUCUACGUUAAACACAACAUCAGUUUCCGUGAUAGCAGCUCACUGGGGCGUUUUGAGAUCACAGUGGGGCCGAAGCAGACUAUGGGGAAGACUGUAGAGGGAGUGAUGGUCACUAGCCAGAUGCCAAAAGGUGUCUUAAAUAUGACCCUCACACCCUCUCAGGGAACACAUGUCUUCGAUCCGGUUACAAAGUUGCUGUCGUGGGAUGUGGGGAAAAUAAACCCCCAGAAGCUGCCAAGCCUGAAAGGAAGCAUGAGCCUGCAAGCUGGGACAUCAAAACCAGAUGAAAACCCCACCAUUAACCUGCAGUUUAAAAUUCAGCAGCUGGCUAUAUCUGGACUGAAGGUGAAUCGCUUGGACAUGUAUGGGGAGAAGUACAAGCCCUUCAAGGGGAUAAAAUACAUGACUAAGGCUGGCAAGUUCCAAGUCCGAACCUAGAGGAUCCUGAUAGUGAGGAAGAGCAUUUUCCUAUUUCUCCUGUCCCUGGCUGUUGGAUGCCCCAUCCAUCUGUUUAGGGUUGCUCCCUUGCCUGUAGUAGCAUGAGCAGGAGAGCCAGAGCUUAGGGUGCUGGGGAGCAGGGGAAAGUAAGAUUGACCUGAAACCAUCUCAUCCUUAGCUGAGUCUGAACAAUGGCAGAUAGGAGAGGUGUUCAGGUCUGUUGGGAUUAGUGAGUCAGCUAUGUAAGCUUGUAUCACUUUCAUUUUGCUGUCCUAAAGGAAAUUCUAGGGAUUUAUUGCCUUUUCUGACUCUUCUUCCUUAUAUUUUGGUUGGUUUUAAUCCCUUUGUAGAUGAUACAAAGUUGAAUUUCCACAA